AUGGCUCCAGCGGAUGACGCUUUCAAGUUUAUCAACGUCGCACAGCAUCUGCAUGCGGGCGUUGGGAUCGUCGCGGAAGGCAUCCAAGCCCGAAGGGAAUCAAGAGAACGACGGAACAGAGUAGAAGAACGCCCCGGUGACCAAGCAGGACCAGAGUUGGGCUCAUCAACAAACGAGUUGCCCGUGGCAGGAACCUUGACUGCAGUUUGUGGGAGUGGUGAGAACUGCACAGGUAAAUUAGAGUUGCCUGUCAUUCUCCCUCAGCGGCGGCCUAAAGAGCGCAGCCGUGGGUUUUUGAGAGCCUAUGCCCCGUUGCUGGCAAAUGUUGCCAUUAGUCAACAGAUGUGGUUUGAUUUCCUCGACGAUUUUGAGAAGUCAACGCAGGCGACAGGCUGGAUCAAGACUAUCAAUGUGGCAUCUCUCGCAAGCCACGUUGUUCCAGAGCCAUUCUCAAUGCUCGUGUCUCUUGCGGUGAAAGAGACGAUUCGCAUCGCCGAGGAGGUCGAUUCUCGGCAAAAGACGAAUAAGUUUUUGGACAAAGCCAAUGCGGAGAUUUUCCGACCGCGAGGCGUGUUCUGUAUGGUUAUGACAUGGCGACCUGACUCUGAAGAAGUGCAUCCAACAGUAGACCUGAAUACUACCGCCACUAUAAGUGCGUCCACCGACUCUUCUAGUUUCAGCAACCGGUUCAAAGCCUCGAGUGGCACUUCAUACGGCGACUUGAAAAUUCCGGCAGCCGCACCUCUCGUCUUUCCGCCAGAACAACAGCAGCAGCUCGAAGGUGGAGUAGAAGAAGAAGUAGGGCUGAAGCAAAGAUUCAAACGAACGAAAGGAUUCGUGGACGACUACCUAGACCGAAGGGCUCAAGCGGUAUAUGCCACGGAGAAUCCCGAUAACCUGCUCGCCACUCAGGUUAAGACCAAGUUUAGAAGCAAAUAUGCAGACCCCAACCACCCAGCGAACAUUGAUCCUUUAGGAUCUUUUCUAACAGGUGGUUACACGGACCAGCUGCACAGGGAUUCAAAGGCUCGAACAGACGCAGCACAGGCCCAGGCUCAAAAGUCGGCUGCUGAGGCGCGGAGACGGGCAGAUGCUGCACAAGAACAAGCUCAGAGAGCGAUUGCUGAGGCACGAGCGCGGGCGGAGGCAGCGCAAGCAAAUGCUAGAGAGGCACAGAGACGGGCGGGCUAUGUUACCGCCCCAGCCCCGCUGCCGGGCCUCCCAUCUCGACCGUACGCCAGUGCUCCUGGACCGCCAAAUCAAAGUGUUGUGCCAUCACUGGCCACUCCUGUGCCGUUGAAUGCGCUCUCCCAAGUGCUGGUUGAGGGCUCACAGCGCCUGGUUAGUGCCCAGCAGAAGUACAUUAACUUUGGAACGGAGGCCAUUCAAGACGUCCUGCGAACUAAUGUAAUAUACUUAACUCUCGUGAGUCUCCCAGCUGAGGCAGAACAGUAG